AUGGAAAGACAACAAGAAGAAUUUAAGAGAAUUCAAAAUUAUCGAAGUUAUUCAGCAAUCAAUCCUACGAUUAGUGAUGAUAAUAAAAAUGAGACAAAGGAACGGGUAGGGAUGAUGAGAAUGCAAAGAAGACAUUCUUAUGAUAUAAAAUAUUAUAAACGAGAACUUGACCAUCAAGCUUAUCCACCAUCUCCUCCAGAAACUAUUAUCACCAACAAUAGUACUAGUACAUCUUGUCAUAAUGAAAAUAUUCUUCAAGGAGUUACUUUAGGAUUUUCAAGUUCAGGACCUAGUAAAAAUUUUCUGUUUAGAAAAGAAUGGGAUGAUGAAAUUACCAUUCUUGAAAUUCCAUAUACAGCACUUGCAAAUCCAACUGUAAUAAAAGUAAUGUGUAAAUACAAGAAGCCUUUUCUAAUACCACUUCCACGUAACCAAAGAGGAAGAACAACUGUGGAAGAGGUAGUUUCUGAUCCAGCGACAUUACUUGUGACUCAAAUUCAAAUACUGCUUGUCGACAACCCAUGUGAAAAACAAAAAGAAUUACAUAGACGAUAUCAAACAAAGAGAAGAUACUCUGAAAAACACAAAAAAUUGCUAGAAUUAAAUGAGAUGAUGAGCUGCAGAAGAAUUGCGUCUUGGAAAAUUAUGGAUGGUGAUGAAAAAAUUGCAUGGUUGACAUUAUUGUGUCAAAGGAUGCUGGCACCAUUACAAAAUGUUUUCGCACUUACGGUUCUUAAAACUCAAGGAUUAACACUACCAAUAGGGAGUGCCCAAAACGACAGUAACAAUAAUGAUAAUGAUAAUCAAAACGAUUGGGAACAAUCAAAUUUUUUAAAUAUGAUAGACUUAAUCCAAAAUAUAAAUAUGAUAUAUCAACAAUUCGUUGAUCAAAUCAAAGAAAUUACCGAAAUACAAAAACAGACUUUAUCAGCAAUUACAUCAACAAAUUCUCACCACUUACAAUCACUUCUACAAUCCCAACUACAAUCCCAACUAGAAUCAGUUACAACUAGAAUCGCAAUUCCAACAACUUAG